CACAGACACACACACAGAGACACACACGCCGCGUCAAGACGUUCGUGGAACAGCGAAGGGACACGAGGAGGAGGGGGGGGCGAGGUUAUGAGAGACGGAGUUCGCGUUUCGUUAUUUUAUUUGGGGGCUUCUCAAAGAGUAACAUCAAAAAGAAAUAACGAGCAAGGUUAUUACGGGGAACAAGAAGACGACUUGGAGAACAAAAGGGAGUCGCCAACGUUGACACGAGGCCAUGUCGAGUGCGGCUGAGAGGGAGCAACGAUCCGGAGACAGCCCUGGCACAAGCGGCACAGGCUCGGACGCUGACCAGCCGGAGCGCGAGCCUGCCCAGCCGCGGAGGAAGGAGGCCAAGAUUCCGGGCAAAACUGCCGCCAAGCUGUCGACCAGCGCAAAAAGGAUCCAGAAGGAGCUCGCCGAGAUAACGCUUGACCCUCCGCCCAACUGCAGUGCUGGCCCCAAGGGUGACAACAUAUACGAAUGGAGGUCAACCAUCUUGGGCCCUCCUGGCUCUGUGUAUGAGGGCGGAGUGUUUUUCCUGGACAUAACCUUCACUCCAGAAUACCCCUUCAAACCACCCAAGGUGACCUUCCGCACUCGCAUUUACCACUGCAACAUCAACAGCCAGGGAGUCAUCUGCCUGGACAUUCUCAAGGAUAACUGGAGCCCGGCACUCACCAUCUCCAAAGUGCUCCUUUCCAUCUGUUCCCUCCUCACCGAUUGCAACCCUGCGGACCCGCUCGUGGGGAGCAUCGCCACGCAGUACCUGACGAACAGAAGCGAGCACGACCGGACGGCGCGCCAGUGGACCAAGCGCUACGCCACGUAAACGGGCGAAGCACGACGCUGUCCCCUCGUGAUGCUGCCCCCCCCCCCAACCCUCACUUCUCCCCCCCCCUCCCUGCCCCGUGACCGAGCCGAGCCCCAGGUCACGCAGCACGACAAACGCCCGCCUCUUACGCUACCCACCCCACCUUCUCCACUCCCCCCCCACCACCUACUCUUGCUGAUUGGUUCAGAUGGCAAACGAACCCAAUAUCAUAGAGUAAAUUUUCACCCACGCGUUGUUGUCAUCGGUCUCAUUAUUUGGUCAUUUUUGCAGCAAUACGUGGAGGGGGAAUGGGAAAAGGAACAAAUGAUUACGUGAAAUUUACGAUUUUAGUGAGAAAGUGAUUUUAUGAUCGCUUCGUUUUGUUUUGCUGCAAGAUAUUCACUGCUUUGCAGAAGAUAUGCAUGUAUCCAUGGGUUUCCGCCUGGUAAUAGUCUUCAUACACAAGUGGAACGAUGCAUCUGUUCGUCGAUUAAUUCUUGAGCUCGCGAUACAUGCAUGAAAUCACAUAAGUUGCAAGGGAUUUUUUUUUCAAUUCAUCUAACGUUGUAUGUGAUUGGUUCACAUCAGCCCUGCUGUCACACUAGGAAGCAACUACCUUUCUCCCCGCAAUGUUAGAAUCACUUAAAUUCUUAAAUGGAAUCGUGACAAUUCAUUGAAUCUCCAGAGGCUGGGGGAGAGGGGUGGAUCGUUCCACUCUACCAUCUGUCCAUCCGUUUGCCUGUACGAUUCUUGGGGUUGCGUUUGAACUGCCGGUCAGAAAGUAACUUUGUUUUUUUUUUACAAUCGCUUGCCAUUUCACGGACGUGUUGGUUUAUUUUGUUGAGGCUUGGUGUGGUAAGAUUGUAAUGAACAUUGUGUCACCUUUCUGUUAUUGCAGAAAAGCAAAUUGGGUAACCUUCUGAUGAGUCACGCAUCGGCUUAUUUUGCUCAUUUUUGGACACACGGAGGUGAUGCUUUAAAAUCUUCGCACUGCGCGUAAAGGGUGCUCCGUCAUGUUGCGUAAGCAGUCAUUCGUAUGAUGAUAUAGCCGUACAAAGCUGCUCAGUUUGUGGCUUCUCUUGAAUUUGUAGCUGCGAUAUCAGUGGAAUAGAAAUAAGAGUAUAGACGCUGCUGAAGACUUGACUUAAAGGGUGGCACAAUUUGCCAAUGUUUGUUAAAUAGUUUAAAAUACAUUACUUAGGCACCCGACCCCUCGUGAGAUAAGUUCAAGACUCCAACACAGAGCUCUGGUUGAAAUUAAAAUUACGCAAGUUAGCCGUAACACGAGUUAGGAAAACAAGAAAAUUGCCAUUUGGCACGUUUCCGAGUAGCAGCAGUUUGACUUUCUGCUUGUUUGGUUUGCAAAUGUGAAUGCUUUUAUGCUGCUCAUAUUAUAAAACUGCUUUUGGGAAGUUCCAGCAACAGUUUUUCUUUCAAGGCUCACCUUUUGUCAAACAGACUUGGCAUAUCCGCACUCUUGUGGUACAAAGGGACCUUUAUGGAACAUCCCUUGUUCUACUGCAACAAAAUAUCCACACAUUAACGUGUGUUUUGGUAUGUUGAAUUGUGUCUCUUUAUUACCCUUUGUACAAGUCGAUCUGUUUAUAGGCACUCCACUAAAAUAACGGGGAGAAAUUACAGAGGAAAUUACAUUUUAUUUCAAGCCUCUACAUGUCUGCCACCACUGUCAAUAAACAUUACAUCUUUUAAAACUGACCCAAUAGACUUUUAUUUUUAAAACCGAGCCUGCACAAUAUUUAAUCACCUCUUUAGUUGACAGCAAGGGCGUCAUUAGAAAUGAGUGGGGUGUCUGUAGAUGGAUCGCCCUGCAUGUUUUGCAUAUGUACAACCAAACCUUCGUUGGUUUUGAAUUUGUUUAAUUAUUUGGGGAAUUUUGUCCAAUUUAAAACUACACAGAUGCUGUCCGUGCAUAUAAUUUAGCCAAAAGGCAGUGGGUUUGGUAAAUUACAACACUACCGUUCACACUCGAACGAUCUCAAGUAUACAUGUUUCUAAACGGUCUCUUCUGGAUCUUUUUCUUUUUUACAGUGUCCAGGAAAAUUGUUCAGAUUACAAAUUACAAUAAAGGAAAAAUGCUUACCGAGACAUUUGUGAAUAUGCGUUUCAGGAUUUGUACUCUGGAAAAUAAAGUAGCGGUUUAAGUGUUAAGUUAAACUUGAACCGGUAUAUUAACAAUGCAUGAUUUAAAGAAAGACACGUACAAUGUAUGCACCAACAGAUUCAACUUCAUGGUGGACAGCUACAAUUUUCUACUGCAUAACAUAAGCACUAUAGCCUAGCGCCUAGGGUUGGUUGAUCUAUAGAACACAGUUAACGACUUGCUUCAAUCACCUGCGUUUGUUAAGUUAAUCAACCCGCUUGUCAUGUGGUGUCUUAUACUACGCAAUGAAAGAUUUUAAUACCAUAUAAGGGCAGCUUGUGAUAUGUAGUACUUUUUAACCUAGAUAUGACAUAUAUCGCACACCGUUUCCUGUGAGUUUUUCCCCCUCCCCAAAACAAAUUAAGGUUAGUGCAGUAUUUGUUUUGCACAUAGAUGUGUUGUGUUAAACGCCUAUAAAUAUUUGUUGUGUUCAUCGUUAUCGUCAUCAGCCACGCUCAAUCCACUGUUGGAUGAAGGCCUUCCCCCAUGCCACGGUCAGCGUCUCUUCGUACAAUCCUGCGAUGUGGUAACAAACAAAAAAAUUCCCACCCAGCUCGCGCGCUCCGAACUGAUUUCAUCUCCCCAUCUUUCCCGGUGGAUGCGUUCCCAUGCCUUGGCUGCCACCUUCUGAACCUUUAAGUAUGGAAAUAAAACACUUCAAAGUACUCUUCAUUGUCGAAUUGAUUCCAACUGUGCGAUUGCCUUUGACGCUGUUCGCGAAGCAAUCGAAUAACGUCCAGUGCUCGUGUGUAAUGUUUGAAGUUGGUUUAAUAGAUUCUAAAAUUCCGUACGAAACAUUAUCGCAGUGACACGCGGUGCCGAUUGCUGCAUGCUCGCAAAAUAAAUCUUUUGUUGUGUCGCGGUCAUGUGAAAAUAUUGGCGAUGGAUGAUACAGUGCUGUCUGCCUUGUGUUUAAUUAAACUUCGUCGCUAGUUACGGAUGUGACGUGCAACGUAACUUGAGAUUCAACGUGGGAACUCGAAGCCGCUGUUAUGGCUCAGAUUAAUGUAAUACAAAGCAGACAACGCUGUCUAAAAAUAAAAACUCGCUCUCA